CUCUGCCGAAUCACGCCGACGACGAGAUCUGGCAUAAAGUAUUAUGACGUCAUUAGUAUAUGUGUUUGGGUAAAGAGUUGUGGCUACACCGUCGGGAAGUUAAUUAAUGGUGAAAUUGAGAGGCAAGUCUGAAGUGCUGCUGGUCACACUAUCGACCAUUGUUCUGGAAUUGGUUACUGUGUCGUGAACUUCCUGCUCCUCCUGCUCCAGACACACAUCUCUUUUCUGAACUACCUCUUGAUCAUAUACCGUGAACUAUGAAAAUGGUGUUGUCUCAAAGGCAGCGGGAAGAGCUGAAUAAAGCUAUUGCUGAUUAUCUUUUAAGCAGUGGUUGUUUGUCUGCUCUUGAAGCUUUUAAAAAGGAGGCUGAUAUGCCUGGAGAAAUAGAUAAAAAAUAUACAGGUCUGUUAGAAAAGAAAUGGACUUCAGUAAUAAGGUUGCAAAAAAAGGUGAUGGAUCUUGAAGCUAAAUUAGCAGAUGCAGAGAAAGAAUAUAUUGCGGGUGCCCCAACUCGUGAUAAACGUUCUCCAAAUGAAUGGAUUCCUCGUCCACCAGAACGUUACUGUCUUUCAGGUCAUCGAGCUCCUGUGACAAGGGUGAUAUUUCAUCCUGUAUACAGUGUGAUGCUCACAUCAAGUGAAGAUGCAACUAUUAAGGUAUGGGAUUAUGAAACAGGUGAUUUUGAGAAGACUUUAAAAGGUCAUACUGACUCUGUUCAAGAUAUUGCAUUUGAUCAUACAGGAAACUGGCUGGUCUCCUGCUCUGCUGAUAUGACAAUUAAACUGUGGGACUUCAGAGGAUAUGAAUGUAUAAGAACUAUGAGAGGUCAUGAUCAUAAUGUAUCAUCUGUUUCAUUCAUGCCAAGUGGAGAUCAUAUUGUAUCAUCAUCUAGGGACAAAAGUAUCAAAAUGUGGGAAGUAGCAACUGGAUAUUGUAUAAAAACUUUCACUGGUCAUAGAGAAUGGGUGCGUAUGGUAAGAGUGAAUCAAGAUGGCUCUUUGCUCGCCAGUUGUUCAAAUGACCAGACUGUAAGAGUUUGGAUAAUUAGCACAAAAGAAUGCAAAUUAGAACUCAGAGAGCAUGAUCAUGUAGUAGAAUGUGUUUCUUGGGCUCCAGAAUCUGCCAUGCAAUCAAUCAACGAUGCUGCUGGAAGUGAUAAUAAAAGAGGUUCUAGAACAGGACCUUUCUUAAUAUCUGGAUCAAGAGAUAAGACCAUCAAAAUGUGGGACAUCAGCACUGGAUUGUGUGUGUUUACUUUGGUUGGACAUGACAAUUGGGUAAGAGGAUUGGCUUUUCAUCCCGGAGGUAAGUAUAUAUUAAGUGCAUCUGAUGACCGGACAAUUCGUGUUUGGGAUAUAAAGAACAAGCGUUGCUACAAGACACUAGAGGCUCACAAUCACUUCUGCACUUCCAUAGACUUCCAUCGAACAUCUCCAUUUGUGAUAACUGGCAGCGUAGAUCAAAAUGCAAAAGUUUGGGAAUGUCGUUAAACUAAUUUGAUUUUCAUUAUGUAAUUUGUGCCACUAUAUACUAUAUAUCACUGAGGAGGUCAGCAAAUAAGUUCAGCUGUGAUUCAAUAUGUAGAUUCUUAUUUUAAGGAUCUAACAGGACAUGGUUGCUGGCCAGUUCAUUCCUUAUUUUAAUCUGUAGAAAACGAUUUUCAAAAACUGGUGUUUAUAUGGUCCUGUUAUAGAAAAGUGUUCAUCUUUAUAGACAUAAUUUUUUUCAUCAUUUCCUUAAAAAUAGAUGAUGAUUACAAAUUAUAGUUGAGAAAUGUAGAUAUAUUACUUAAAUUGUGAUCUGAUUUAUGAAAUGAAGCAUAAUUUUAUCAUAAAAAUGAAUUGUUAUAUAGAGACAAGUAAAUUCCAUUGUAGUAUUCAUUGUAUUUAUUUAAAAUUGAAACUUGAUCUUAAAAAAUUUUAUCCUUAUAUAUGAAAUUCAACAUUGUCUUUUAAAGAACUUUAGCAAUCAAUUUAAGAUGACAGUUUAUACUUUAAAAACAGAAUUGAAAAUUUAAAAUCUUAGAUUUGUAUAUAAAAUAUUUCUUUUGCCAAAUAUUUUGGGGUCAGGGAACAAACAAUAUUUAAUCUUUGAUAUAUUGAUAAAUGUAUUUGUAUCUGAUUUCAAAAAAAGUUAGUGUUUUGUUUAUUUUCCACUAUGUAAUUUAUAUCCAACAAAUUUAUUUUUUGUAGUAAUUGUGAAAUAAUAAUCUAUUGCAGAAACACUUGUCUGCAUAUUUGUCAAACUUUCUUCUUUAAGCUGUAUUAUACACUUAAAUGUUGAUUCGUAAUUCAAAAUAAAAUUCACUUCCUUAAAA